AUGCCUCGAGUAUUCCUUCCGCAGAUACUCUGGCACAGCAAGGAUAACAAAAGAUGCGAUAGAGUUUAUUCAAUUGAUUUUCAGCCUCAACUAAAGGAUGAAGCAGAGGAGAAAUCGAAGAACACAACGACGCUGCGCUUAGCAACGGGAGGAGCAGACGAAUUUGUCCACAUUUGGCAGAUUACAAUACACGAACACGCUCCUCAGUAUACACAUUUUGUAAAUAAUAACCAAAACUCGGAAAAUAAAGUAGAAUUCGAGCAGCCGCUGUCGAUUAAAAUACUGGCACGACUAGUUGGCCACAUCGGAGAGGUGAAUUCAGUGCGGUGGUCCCACGACGGAAGAAAGUUAGCGACGGGAGGAGAAGAUCGCUGUAUUUUCUUAUGGGUAAAGGCCGCGAAACCGAAUAAUUUUAAUGACGACCUCCACAAUAACUACGAAGAGUACUGGACGAGGACGCACUAUUUCAGGCUGUCAAACGUGGUAAAUACAAUCUGUUGGUGCCCGGAAGAUAGAGUGUUGUCAGUAUCGACGGAAGAUGGGCACGUGUCGCUGGUCGACACGCAGGUGGAGGGGACGGGCAAAAUACGCUACUUUGACGGACACACGAGCUUUGCACAGGGAGUGUCACUGGACCCAAAGAAUGAGCUGUUAGCGUCACUGGGAUCAGACCAAUGCCUAAGAGUCUGGAAGAGAAGGAACCAGAAGUCGUGGAAGAGCGUAUUAGUGUUAAAGGCAGCUAGAGAUAGAGGGGAUAUUGUGCCAAUGGCAGAACUGGAAAGCAAUAUUGAAUUGAGAAAGUAUAGCAGAAUAGUGUUUAUGUCAGAAGAGCUUAAAACAUUCUUCAGAAGACUAGAUUGGUCUCCAGACGGAAGGUUGUUGGUGGCUCCAACAGGGAUUAGACAUGAUAAAAGUAAUGUAAACGUCAGCACGAAUAAUUUUAACACAACUGCUACUCAGAAUGGCAGCAAUACUAACACUAACGUCAUGUUAAACAACGUGAAUGAUCAUAAUGGGCAUGUAGGAUCGGAGAGGAAUCAGCAAACGCCCGGAGAGACCAGCGUGUACACACUGUACGUAUUCCACAGGAAGCUGCUGAAUUUCGGAAUACCAAUGCUGACGCACCAGUCACCAACGGGGCCGUUUGUUGUGGUAAAAUUCUGUCCAAUAUAUUUGUCAAUAUUUGACAAAAAGAGGAAGAAUUUUUAUAACCUACUGAUGAACGCGAAUAAGAAUAAGCUUAAGCCAAUAAAGAAGAAGUUGGACAGAACGUCAAAGUCACAGCUAGUAACAACAAAUAAAAUUAACGCAUAUUUCAGUUCAGUAAAUAAAACGGGAGAAAAUGAAGUGAGUAGUACCAAGGAAUUGGACAAUGGCGAUGAAAAUGAAGAGUACGAGUAUGAAAAUAAUAAGUCGGGUCAAGAAGAGGAUGAAGUAAUGACAAUAUUGGAUGAAAACACGGAAAACAUGGAAGUGAACAUGGAAAACACUACGACAGAUACACCAAAUAACAUAGAUAACGCAACGACGACGACGGCGACAGAUGGUAACAUGGAGGAGUACGAGUCACCAAUGUCACACAGAACAGGAGUAAAUUCACUGGGAAACACACCAUUGAGUGGCACAGGAAUGAGUAAUAUGUAUGAUGGUAGUGUUAGAAUGGAAAAUAUGUAUAGCAGUCUGUCAAGUGCAGGAAACAUAUACUUUAAUAACAGGGACAUGGAUAAUACGUACACAUAUAGAACGAGUAUGGAAAACAUGUAUAGCAAUAGAACAGUGAAAGAGAGUACAUAUAGAGAUGCCACAUAUGGUAGUUAUAGCGGCUACAGAGGGGAUAUGGAAGGAGUGGAAGUUAAUGAACAGCUGAUGAUUAGCAAGGAGAAUGACGUGACGAACACAACAUUGGACGACUACCAAGUAAAUACAACGAAUGAAACGGAAAACAACAACGGUGGCGUGGAAGUGAGAGUGGAAAGACCAGGGUUUUUAUCAGUAAACAAGGACUACGUUAAAGCAGGAGUUAAAAGGAGCAGGAUGGAAUAUGAAGAGCCAGCAAAGGAAGAGUACGUUGAGGUGCCACUACAUCGUGAGCACUUUGAAUUGGAAGCCGAUCAUUACGAGGUUGAGCCUAAGGUAACUGAUGACUGUGUUGAGCUACCUGUGCAUCCUGAACACGUUCAAGCACCAAUAAAUGAGAAAGUAGAUAACGCCGAGGAUAAGGUAGAAAGAAUGAUGGAGACGGAAGAGGAGCUGUCAAUACCAAGGUUCCUGUUCGCAGCAGGGACGACCGACGGAUCGCUGUGCUUCUACGACACUAACGAAAACUCAGGACCGAUAGCAGUGCUCAAAAACCUGCACUUCUGCCCAAUCACGGACAUCUCAUGGUCGCCGGACGGAUACGUGUGCGCGACGUCGUCGAGCGACGGGUACAUCACGUUCGUAAUAUUCAACAAGAGAGAACUCUCGUAA